GGGUCUGAGCUCAAACAGGCAGCUCUCUUCGGUCUAUUGAGGUGGCCUGUGUCUGUGCGCGGGUAGGCUGGUUGCACGCGGGCCAAAUCUACAUUGUGAUUGUCGUACAGUGUGGCAAGUUAGCUGCACAGUCACCGUUUUUGCCAUUUUCUCUCCGAGCCUCGCCACAAAUAUGGCAGAUUCACAGGACGACAAGCUGUAUAAAGCUGAAUAUGCGAAGAGUGGGCGCGCAUCUUGCAAGAAAUGCAAAGAAAACAUUGCGAAGGAUUCACUGCGGAUGGCCAUCAUGGUGCAGUCGCCCAUGUUCGAUGGGAAGGUGCCCCACUGGCACCACUUCUCCUGCUUCUGGCAGCGGGCAGCGGCACAGGCCCCCGGCGACAUCUCCGGCUUCAGCGACCUGCGCUGGGAGGACCAGGAGAAGGUCAAGAAGGCCAUCGAGACCGGAGGAGCCACAGGAGGGAAAGGAGACCAGAAGGGGGCAGCCAAGGGAGAGAAGACCCUAAACGACUUCGCUGUGGAGUACGCUAAGUCCAACAGGAGCACCUGCAAAGGCUGCGAACAGAAGAUUGAAAAGGACCAGAUGCGCGUGUCGAAGAAGACGGUGGACCCGGAGAAGCCGCAGCUGGGCCUGAUCGACCGCUGGUACCACACGGGCUGCUUCGUGAGCCGGCGCCAGGAGCUGGCCUUUAAGCCCGAGUACAGCGCCGCCCAGCUCAAGGGCUUCGCCAUCCUCAAGGCUGACGACAAGGAGGAGCUCAAGAAGAGGCUGCCCGCCGUCAAGAGCGAGGGGAAGAGGAAAGGGGACGAGCCGGACGGAGAGGGAGCGCCUAAGAAGAUGAAAAAAGAGGCGGAGGAGAAGAUGAAGAAGGAGGCGGAGGAGGAGAAGAAGCUGGAGACGCAGCUGAAGGAUCAAUCUCAGCUGAUCUGGGGCAUUAAGGACAAGCUGAAGAAGUACUGCUCCACCAACGACAUGAAGGAGCUGCUCAUCGCCAACGGACAGGACGUGCCCUCAGGAGAGUCCAAUAUCGUGGACAGCCUGGCAGACUGCAUGGCGUACGGCGCCCUGAAGCCGUGUGAGACGUGCCAGGGCCAGCUGGUGUUCAAAAGCGACGCCUACUACUGCAACGGAGACAUCUCCGCCUGGACCAAGUGUGUGUUCAAGACCCGCACGCCCGACAGGAAGGACUGGGCCACGCCCAAGGAGUUUCACGAGGUGCCCUUCCUGAAGAAGUUCAAGUUUAAGAGGCAGGACCGCCUCUACCCCAAAGAGGCCCCGCCCUCCCCCCCCGCCCCCACCGCCUCCGAGGGCGGACCCGGAGCCUCCAGCCUCCCCUCCGAGGCCCUGCCAGAGGCGCCCCCUGCAGAUAAGCCUCUGACUGGCUUGAGGCUGCUGGCCGUGGGGAAGCUGUCUAAGAACAAAGAUGACCUGAAGGUGGCCGUGGAGGACCUGGGAGGGAAGAUCACUGGAACUGCAUCCAAGGCCAAACUCUGCAUCAGCACACGGAAGGAGGUGGAGAAGAUGAGCAAGAAGAUGGAGGAGGUAAAAGAGGCCGGUGUGCGUGUGGUGUCUGAGGACUUCCUGACGGACAUCAAGUCCUCGGGCAAGGCCCUCCAGGAGCUCGUCUCCCUGCACGGCAUCUCCCCCUGGGGGGCCGAGGUCAAACUCGAGCCCCAGGCUCCAUCUGCGGCCUCCAAGUCCACCGGAACCCCCGCUGCCAAGAGCGCAGGCAAAGUGAAGGAGGAGGAAGGGGGCAGUAAGUCCAAGACCAUGAAGCUGACAGUGAAGGGCGGUGCGGCUGUGGACCCCGACUCUGGUCUGGAGAACUGCGCCCAUGUGCUGGAUCAGAGCGGAAAGAUCUACAGCGCCACCCUUGGCCUGGUGGACAUAGUGCGGGGCACCAACUCCUACUAUAAGCUGCAGCUGCUGGAGGAUGACGUGCAGAAGAGGUACUGGGUGUUCAGGUCAUGGGGGCGAGUUGGCACCACUAUCGGAGGGAAUAAGCUGGACAAGUUCUACGACAAGAACUCGGCCAUGGACAACUUCCGCAACGUCUACGAGGAGAAGACGGGCAACUCCUGGACCUCGACCAACUUCACCAAAUACCCCAACAAGUUCUACCCGCUGGAGAUCGACUACGGCCAGGACGAGGAGGCGGUGAAGAGGCUGACGGAGAGCGCUGGCACCAAGUCCAAGCUGGCCAAGCCCGUGCAGGAGCUGAUCCGCAUGAUCUUUGAUGUGGAGAGCAUGAAGAAGGCCAUGGUGGAGUUUGAGAUCGACCUGCAGAAGAUGCCGUUGGGGAAACUGAGUAAGAGGCAGAUCCAGAACGCCUACACUCUUCUCAGCGAAGUUCAACAGGCGGUGGGGGACAGUGCCACAGAAUCCACCAUUUUGGAUCUGUCCAAUCGCUUCUACACGCUCAUCCCCCACGACUUUGGGAUGAAGAAGCCUCCGCUACUGAGCAGCCUCGACUACAUUCAGGCUAAGGUGCAGAUGUUGGACAACCUCCUGGACAUUGAGGUGGCCUACAGCCUGCUCCGCGGGGGGGCAGACGACGACAAAAAGGAUCCCAUCGACAUCAACUAUGAGAAACUCAAAACUACGAUUGAGGUGGUUGAUAAGUCUUCACAUGAAGCCGAGCUCAUCCAUCAAUACGUGAAGAACACACACGCUGCCACUCACAACACCUAUUCGCUGGAGGUGGAAGAGGUCUUUAAGAUCGUGCGGGAGGGCGAGUACCAGCGCUUCCGUCCUUUCGAGGAGCUGCACAAUCGGCAGCUGCUGUGGCACGGCUCUCGCGCCACCAACUACGCCGGCAUCCUGUCUCAAGGUCUACGCAUCGCCCCACCGGAGGCGCCAGUAACGGGUUAUAUGUUUGGUAAAGGUGUGUACUUCGCUGACAUGGUGUCCAAGAGUGCCAACUACUGCCACACCUCCCAGGCCGACCCCACUGGCCUCCUCCUCCUGGGCGAGGUUGCCCUCGGCAACAUGCAUGAGCUGAAGAAAGCAUCACACAUCACAAAGUUACCUAAGGGCAAACACAGUGUUAAAGGUGUGGGCCGAACCGCCCCGGACCCCACCGCCACGGUGAAGCUGGAUGGAGUCGAUGUGCCUUUGGGGAAGGGAUCGACCACUAACAUAGAGGACACCAGUCUGCUGUACAACGAAUACAUCGUGUACGACGUCGCUCAGGUGAACCUGAAGUACCUGCUGAAGAUCCGUUUCAACUACCAGACAUCCCUGUGGUGAGAGGUCAGAGGUCACCACACCGUUGACCUCUCACCCCUGACCUGGGCCCAUGAGAUGGGGGGGGGGGGGGGUCCUGGACAUCACCACCACUGGCCGCCACACCAUCGGCACCCCCACCCUCCCAACCCCCCCUCCACUAUGCCUUCCCAGAGACUGAAGACCUGAACGCACUCACACCUGUGCAUCCUGAACGCACCCACACACACCUGUACAUCCUGAACGCACUCACACCUGUACAUCCUGAACGCACCCACACCACACCUGUACAUCCUGAACGCACCCUCACCUGUACAUCCUGAACGCACUCACACCACACCUGUACAUCCUGAACGCACUCACACCUGUACAUCCUGAACGCACUCACACCUGUACAUCCUGAACGCACCCACACCUGUACAUCCUGAACGCACUCACACCUGUACAUCCUGAACGCACCCACACCACACCUGUACAUCCUGAACGCACUCACACCUGUACAUCCUGAACGCACCCACACCUGUGCAUCCUGAACGCACUCACACCUGUACAUCCUGAACGCACUCACACCUGUGCAUCCUGAACGCACCCACACCACACCUGUACAUCCUGAACGCACCCACACCUGUACAUCCUGAACGCACUCACACCUGUGCAUCCUGAACGCACUCACACCUGAACGCACCCACACCUGUACAUCCUGCUUUUCUCAUUUGUGAUGCUGUAUAAGUGUACAUGGGUCAUAGUGCUUUGGAUAGGCUUAGCAAGAUGGCCUCCCCUUACUCGCUGUGUUUGAAUCGUCCUCGGCCUCUUAGUCGCUGUGUUUGAAUCGCCCUCGGCCUCACAGGGGAAAGACCCUGCGGAAGACAUGGUUAUCUUUCAAUUAAAAUACUCCUAGAACGGUUUCUUGAUGAGGUUGUGGAAGAGCUGUCCCCAUCAGUCGUCAUGACGUCAGCAGUCUUCCACUAUUUUGGUCUUCCAUCAUUUAUCUGUCGACUCAGUUUUUGUUGUACUUCAUUUGUAGUUUCCAGUUUAGCUUUGGUAAGGUCAUAGGAUGCCACCUUCAAACGGCAGGGUUCAAACUGAUGUUUGAAAGUCUUUUGGUAGAAACAGGCAAAGUACACUUAUGCUAUGGUGUGUCUCUUUUUCAUUUGUUGUGAUUUAAGACAGCAACACUCCAUUUGGAUUUCCUGUAAGACAUCAGUAUAAGUCAUCGGGUAUAAGACUGUUAUAAAACCAGGUGGUUAGUAAGUCUUUUUUUCUUUUUUUUGGUCAUUGCUCUUUUUUGCUGAUGUAUUUUGCCUGUCCUUUGCUGUUAAGGUUGGCACAGUAAUAGAUUAAACGAGUAAGCAAACUUUUUGUUAGUUAAGAACUUAUAAAUAAAGACAAUUGAGCAAA